CGCGCGUGGGAGGAGCCGUCGUAUAGUGUACUUCCCGCCAAAUACCUGUCAAAUUGUCAAAGUGGAGCUAAGUUUACGUGUGCUAGGUUGUUUAUUUUUAUGUUUUUUAAAAAUCAUUUAGUGAAUUCUUUGUAAAAAUGUCUAAUUUAGAGGAAAAUGAAGAAAGUCUUAUAGCCAAAAUGGAUAGCCUCUGUUCAAAUUUAAACGUAGACCCUGCAGCAGCAAAAAAGUCCAAGGAUUCAUUUUUAGAGAUAAAAAGAAAUUAUACUCUCGAUGGUGACACAUUACAUUGGAUGGCUUGUGCCCUGUAUGUAGCAUGUCGCACAUCAAUCACCCCUACUGUGCAGUCUGGAAAGGCUGUAGAAGGCAACUGUGUCAGUCUGACAAGACUACUGAGGCUCUGCAACAUAAGUCUAAUACAGUUCUUCAAAAAAAUCAAGAAUUGGAUGGAGAUGGCUUCAAUGUCAACUGAGUUCAAAGACAGGAUUUCACACUUGGAGCACAAGUUUGCAGUCUCCACAGUUCUGUACAGGAACUUCCAGCCUAUCUUCCAGGAGAUCUUCUCAGGGUUAACCAAUGAGCCUUUGAAGACCAGCACCAAAAGGAGGCCUAAGUCACAGCCAUGCACCACAAAUGCCUUAUAUGAGUUCACAUGGUGUUUAUACAUCUGUGUGAAGGGAGAAUUCCACAAGUCUGCCCAUGAUUUAGUUGAUAUGUACCAUUUGCUGCUGGCAUGCUUGGAUUUCGUUUUCGGAAAUGCUUUCAUGGCAAGAAGGAUUGAUUUAAUCAAUCCAGAAUUCAAAGGUCUACCAAGCGACUGGUUAAAAGACGAUUUCGAGAUGCCAGAAACUCCUCCAUGCGUUAUAUCGACUUUGUGUCAAAUAAAAGAUGGUCUUCUGGUUGAUGCAGCAGCCACCAAGGAAUAUAACUGGAAACCUGUAUUAAAAACAUUUUUUGAAAAAGCCAUCCUAAAAGGUGAAAUGGAUCCACCAGCUGGAGUACUGGAUAUUGGUACUUUUGACUCAAAUCUGAAAUCAUUAAACAAUCUAUAUGAGACUUAUGUAUUAAGUGUUGGAGAAUUUGACGAAAGGAUAUUUUUAGGUGAACAUGCAAAUGAACAAAUCGGAACUAAAACCAAAGUAUCAGGAGAUGAAAUAUCACAAGUUAUUGCUACUUUUGGACCAAGUGGCCGCGCAUGUCACGAGACCCCCCUGACGGGCCGCGACUACCUCGCGCGGCGCGGCGAGGAGCUCACGCCGGUCUCCGAGGCCAAGAACAGUCUCGCGAGGCUCGCCGCCUACCUCAAGCAGGCCAAGCUGCAGCCUUCCAGAGACCUCUACAAACUGUUCAACGACUGUAAUGUAAGUGUCGAGACGGUGAACACGAACCUCAUCCAGCCUUGCAACAAAUGGAUGGAGCAGUUCGCCAGCAGUCUGAGGGAGACCAACAGCACUUCCAGUAACGAGACUAUUGGCUUCCGCUGCUCCAUGGUCACUUGUCUCUACUACAAAGUGUUUGAGCACAUCAUCAAAGAGGAACAUAGAAAAAAGCCGCAAGUGUCCUUAAAUAUGCUGCUGACCCAAGAGACUUACCAGCUGGCAGUGUACGCGUGUUGCACGGAGAUAGUCCUCCACGCGUACGGCGUCCACUCCAUGAAGUUCCCGCGCGUGCUGCAGAUAUACGGCCUCAGCGCCUUCCACUUCUACAAGAUCAUUGAGCUCGUAGUACAGGCGGUUGUCGAGAAACUUAGCCGGGAUGUUAUAAAACAUCUGAACGCGGUUGAAGAAGAAGUAUUAGAGUCUCUAGCUUGGACUUCAGACAGCCCACUGUGGGAUCAACUCAGUAGAACGCCAGUGCCACCGUCCAAUGACGUCAGAGUACAUGACUCACCACGACGCAGAAACAAUGGUAUGCAGUCUCCAGUAUUAGCAGCAUUCGACCACUUCCUCUCGCCACUGGCUGAUCAGGCCAAGAAGCAGCUGUUUAAAGAUUCCAUUAAACCUGGCCAGUCAUUACUCGUUCCCACAAACAAUACACCUGUGAAGCAAGAACCUAGCACAAGUCAACCUCCACAGAACACUUCGAAUGGUGGCGACAAUACUCCCACAACACCCAGAAGAACAAACAAUUCCUUAAUACUAUUCUUUAGAAAGUUCUACAGUCUGGCGGUGGUCCGCAUUAACGACCUGUGCACGCGCCUGCGGCUGACGGACGACGAGCUGAAGCGCAAGAUAUGGACGUGUCUGGAGUACUCCAUCAUGCACCAGACGCAGCUCAUGAAGGACCGCCAUCUCGACCAGAUACUCAUGUGUGCCGUAUAUGUUAUAUGUAGAGUAUCAAACAACCCUACAAAUCAAGUAGAGAGAACGUUCGCAGAAAUCAUGCGCUGUUAUAGACAACGACCCCUAGCGGAUAAUCAUGUGUACAGAUCCGUUCUUAUCAAGCAAGGCGAAGGAGAGAGUUCACCAAAGAGAGGCGAUUUAAUCAAUUUCUACAAUCACGUUUAUGUGCAAUGUAUGCAAAACUUUGCGUUAAGGUUUACUGGGAAACAUAAAGAUGAGUGCAGCCUGUCCCCGCUGCCGGCGGGGCGCGGCGACGCGGCGUGGUCCCCGGCGGGGCAGCGCGUGUCGGAGCGCCACCAGCUGUACGUGAAGCCGCUCACCACGCCGCCGCCGCACAACCACCACCUCACCUACCGCUUCAGCCGCAGCCCGGCCAAGGACUUGCACGCGAUCAACACGAUGGUGUCAUGCGAGGUGGGCGGGCUGGGCGGGCUGGCGGGGCUGAAGCGCGGCGCGGAGGCGGGCGGCGACGUCGUGAAGCGCGCGCGGCUGCAGCAUCCCAGCGUCGCGCGCAAGCUGCACGGACUCAUGACCGACCGCCAGGCCGUCUAGAGGUACAUUCGACUCCAUCCAAAUUAACACAUUCGAGUCUAUUUACGUUCUUAAUCAUAUUUAUUUCAUUUCACUUAGUACCAAAAAUCGCUUCUAGCUCUCUAGCCGUCGUCUUUCCUUUGUAAAAUGAUUUGAUUAUUUGACGAAUUUAAUAUGUAAAUGUGAAAUCAAUUUUGUUAAGGUUGACCAUAAUGAGUACCUUGUUAUAGCUUGUCACAACUGGACAAGUGGUGCUAGAACACCGCCGCGAGUUGACGGCGUUGUCGCCUACUUAGCACCAUAAUGUUGAGAAAUAUACAUAUUGAUCUCAUUUUUUAUUUAUGUUGAUAUACAUAUAUUAUUGAUAUGCCAUAACUUGAAUUUUGCUCAUCGCUUACGUAAGAUUUAAGUAAUAAUAAUGAGUCUAUUAGGGCUGUGUCGGAAUGAAAUAGUGUUUCCGAGACAAAGAAACGUGGAUUUUAUUUACCAGAUUACAUAUUGCUACCACUUUAUUAUAAUACUUGUGUGUAAUUUUGAGUUUAAUUUUCAUUUUAUCUAAAUUUGACUUCAUAGUUUGCUUAGAGCAAAAGUUUUAUUUUAUACCUAAAUAUAGGUAAGAACAGUGCACUUUACCUACAACAGAGUUCCUCGUAUGUUUUGUUUAUUCAACUCUGACAUAUUUUAGUCUCUUCCAUUAAUUGUAUUAUUCCUUAGUUUGUAAGUAAUCAGAGAAAAUAUAAAAUCAAUUUGUUUUAACUUCUAAUCAAAAUUAAAUGAUUGUAUAUUUCGGACAUAAGCACUAUAUAUAAUUAUCAUGUAUUCUAUUAGAUUUUAACCUUAGACUAUAAAUAAAAGAUUGUAUUCAA